GAUCAUCUACCUCUCAUAUAAAUAGAUUUCACAGUGAGCUCACCUUAGCACACACACACACACACACACACGCAUACAUAUAGAUCUGUGCUGAUCUCAGAUGGCCAACCUGUCAAGGCCUAUACACAAAAGAACGCCCUUGACAUCAUCACCACAGCCACUGGAUGGGAAUUGCAGCUGAAUUGUGUGCUUAAUAUUUGUUGCUUAGCUCCACUGUGUGUGUUUACUCGCAAAGCCAAGUUGCAGCAUCUUUUAUUUGCUAUUGAACGGAUUGUUUUUUGUAUGACUUUAUGCUGAAAUGCGUGUAUGUGUGUGCGCGAGUGUGUGUAUGUAUACAUGUGAACGCUGCUGUACUUGGAGGUGAUUGAUUUUCAGUGGUGCCCUGUCACAGUCCAGCCUCCUCACAGGCUCUCCUGGGAGAAAGAGAGGCUGUCAGAGCGGAUCCCCAGCUCUGCUCUUUUGAUGUUUAAUUAGUCAUUACGUCGCUGAACAGGAGGACAGACAGAGAUUAAUAGCACAGAAUAUCUGAAAAUUCUGCUGGUAAUGAUCCCGGCGGAGCAGAAACCAUUAGGAUGCAGAGAAGUGUGGAGCUCAGCUUGCGUUCACUUUGGCGGAGGGGGGGGUGUUUGGAGUUCAUUAAUAUGCAUAAAUCACUAAGUCAGAUGUUCUUUUGUAAAACCUUAGUGAAUUCACUCUUUUUUUUUUUUUUUGAAAAAUUAAGUCCUUGCUUGAAUUGCCUCAACUGGUACGAGACAAUUAUUUCUUUUUUAAUAAGCAACUGGUUUGCUUAACUCCAUCUUCCUUCUGUCGUUAUUAUUAUUAUUAAAUAAUAUUUCUUAUUUUGGUAAGGGAUCCUGAGACCGGCUUUACCCUUGAAUGCUUUGAAAAGCGUCACCUACGCUGCCGUUACUCAGAGAUCAAAUAUGGAACAGGCUGCGGAACAUGAAAGGCUGGCAUGUGUUUUGUUUCACGAUUUGUAUUUGAAAAGAAGUUUGUCAGAGCAUGGGGGGAGAGAAGCCUUCUCAGGCAGCGGCAGGAGCGUGUGCUGCCUUAUUCCUCUUAAGUAAGUGAUAUAUCUGAGGUCUUGUCAGACGGAGGAAGAGGAGGAGGGGGGGCAGCCAAAGAACACUUGCCUCGCGGGUUACAUCUCUUUGUUGUGUAAAUGGACGCUGGGCUUUUAUUUGCCACUACUUAACACAUGGGUGCAGGUGCGCUUGUGUGACUCAUAAGAGUACAAUCAAGCAGUACAAUGGCAGAGACAGAGAAACAGUGACAGAGCAUGGGAUAAAAUACAGCUUCUUCUUGUCACUCAGUGCUGCUCAGGCGAUAAAGAUGGGAGCUUGGCGGAUUAUCCCGGUUAGUCUUUGAUCCCAUUUGAAAGAAUAGAGAUGCCAAUGUUGAAUAAAAGGCUGUAGACCUUUUUUUGGAAAUGCUCCAUGGCUUGUCUCCUUUCAAUGGCGUUACCAUGUGCACCUUUUUCUUCUCACAUUGUUUUUGUUUUAUUGUUUUUUUUCCUCCUAUUCAACUAAGGUAUUGAAUAUAGACACACAUUUGAUUCCAUAUUUAUUCCAUACAUAUUUUGCUGUUAAGAUGCCUUUGCCUAAAUGAUGUUUUUUCUGACUUCUGAUUGGAUAAAAUGGCCCUAAAUGUGAGUGUGAAUGGUUGGUUGCCUAUAUGUGCCCUGUGAUUGACUGGCGACCAGUCAAAGGUGUGUUCCGCUUCUCGCCCAGUGUCAGCUCGAAUAGGCUCCAGCUGUGACCCUUAUGGUUUUGGCUAUAGUGCAACUUGUUGCCAUGGCGCAGUGUGUUAUAUGGGUAGAUAAAUACACUACAAACUUGUUUCCAUCAAGCAGUAUGUUUUGGUUCAGUUCAUCAGUUUGUGCGACUACAAGUUUUAAAGCGGACCUAUUAUGCUCAUUUUUCAGCUGACUCCUAUAGAGCAGCUACACACGAUAACCAGCACAGAAAGCGUUCUAGUUCUUCAAGUAUCUGCACCUAUUCAGCUGUAUUUCUUUGGAUUUCGUGGUUCCUGUGAAAACGGUCUGUUUUAAUGUAUUCCACCCACGACCCGCCUCCAGGCACUCUCACUCUGCUGUGGUUGGUCACACUGCCGAGUGUAUAGAAACACUUCCGGUUUGUGCCGCCAACUUUAUAUGAGUUGAUAAACGGCAAUUUAUAUUUUUAAAAUGUUCACUUUUAACAUACAGCCUUAUGUGUUGGAUCCCGAAUCCAAUCCGGAAGUGGAGACUGUACAGGCUGAAGAAAAGCGGUUACUUCAAGACAUCUCUCAAUGGACAGAGCAGUAACCCGUGGACUACCCAGGAGGUGCAGAGAGAUCUUGAUGGCUUGCAAAAUCAUGGCCACUGAGGGAUUCCAGUGGAUGUCGGACGAAAUACAUGAACCUUCGUGCUGAAUACAUAAAAGUGUACGCACCAUCUCCAAACUCAACAGAAGACUUCAACAGAGAUUCGCCCUCUUACUCUUCUCCCAAGCCCUCAAGCAGUAUGUUUGCCAGCACUUUCUUUGAUGGCACCCACAGUUCAUCUGACCCAUGGAACUCGACCAAUGGGAUUAGUCAGCCCAGCUAUGGAGGAAUGCUUGCAGGAUCCUCAUCUCACAUGCCACAGUCAGGAAACUACAGCAGCCUGCACUCGCAUGACCGUCUGAACUACCCAGCACACUCCGUUUCUCCAGACAUCAAUGGCAGCCUUCCUCCCAUGUCCAGCUUCCACAGAGGCAACACAACCACUUCACCAUUCGUAUCUGCAACACACACCCCGGCGGUCAACAACACAGAUGGGGUCAUGGCUGCUGCAAAUCGGGGGAACGCCACUGGAAGCUCACAGACUGGAGACGCACUUGGCAAAGCUUUAGCCUCGAUCUACUCACCCGACCACACGAGCAGUAGUUUUCCCUCCAACCCGUCGACACCUGUGGGUUCUCCUUCACCUCUCACAGCCACAGCAGGCGCUGGCUCAGCAGGGACUGUGGUCACGGCUGCCGGCAAUGCGUCUGGAAGGCCAGGUACCAACCAGUGGCCUCGUGCUGGUGGACAGACCCCAUCUUCUCCAAAUUAUGAGAAUUCGCUUCACUCACUGAAAAACAGAGUUCAUCAGCAGUUACAUGAGCAUCUUCAGGAUGCCAUGUCUUUCUUAAAGGAUGUCUGUGAGUCUCGAAUGGAGGAUCGCCUGGACCGACUGGAUGAUGCAAUCCUUGUACUGAGGAACCAUGCAGUGGGCUCCACCACUAGUCUAGCUAGUGACAUCCACAGUUUGCUAGGACAGGCACAAAACGGGCCAAUCUCAGCCAUCGGAGCAAGUUUCCCUGCGUCUGCGUUGGCUGCAAGUCGAACAGCUGCCAUGGGUUCUGCUCAUGCUGAUGACGCUGCUAGCCUGAACAGCCACGGAGGCCUGCCAAGCGCCGGUUCUACAUCCAGCACAGAACUCAACCAUCAAGUUGAAACGUUUAGAGGCUUGGCUGGACAAGUGGCCGCCGCGUUGGAGCUGAAGAUGGAGAAGCAGGACAAGGAUGACAUGAACGAUUGCCUCUCGGGUGAUGACAAGUCAGACGAUGAGAGUGACAAACGAGAUCUGAAAACACCUCGGGCUAGCACACGAACAAGCAUCACAGAGGACGAAGACCUGAAUCCAGAGCAGAAGGCAGAACGGGAAAGAGAGAGGAGGAUGGCCAACAAUGCUCGGGAACGCUUGCGAGUGCGAGACAUCAACGAGGCCUUCAAGGAGCUGGGUCGCAUGUGCCAGUUGCACCUGAAGAGCGAGAAACCUCAGACCAAACUGCUCAUCCUCCAUCAGGCCGUGGCCGUCAUUCUUAGCUUGGAGCAACAAGUCAGAGAGCGGAAUCUGAACCCCAAAGCGGCCUGCCUUAAGAGAAGAGAAGAGGAAAAAGUAUCUGCCGGCUCCGGUGAGGGCCAACAAGGUCACACGGGGGUCCACCCAGGUUUGACUGACACAUCCAAUCCCAUGGGCCACCUUUGAGGCGUUUGACAGACAGAUCAGAGAGAUCCCCAACAUUUAGUCCCGUCUGUGAGAUGGCGACCUGGCCUCCCAGUGAUGCAGGGGGGAGCUCAAGCUCUGUUAACACCACUUUGGAGGAGAAAAGACCACAGGAAGUGGAACCACAAGACUAUAACACAUAUCCAGUCCCGAGACUGACGAGGAGCCCAGCGGUCCAUGUGCAGAUUACUCCCCCCAAAUUAACCGCGCUGAACCUAGAGCACAUAUCACGCAUAUCUGCAUGGAGCGUGUUGCUUCUGAACAAUCAGAGACGUUGCAAUCUCCUCCGACUCCAAGCGGAAGUUGUCUCGUGCCUAAACUGAAUUGACGAAUGCAUUGUAACACCAACUUUUUUUUUUCUCUCUUUCUAUUUAUUAUCGUAAUGAGCUCAAAGUGUAUUGUCUAAAGGGAAAAUAUAUACAGUAGAAUUUCAUGCAGCCUUUCAGUUGACCUAUAGUUUGCCACUGUCGUUCUUAAAAACAGAGCACUUCAGCCUGGUAAGUCUAAAUGAGGGGGAAAUUUAAUUUAUUGUCUAUUUUAGAGGCAUGUUUAUACAAAAUGGAAAAUGAGCAAAACACUAAAGCACCCCGCCCAUCAAAAAAAAGAUAGCAUCUAUUUAUUUUUAUAUUUUCUUCCUUCUUCCACCUCACACAAGUUUGUUUGUUUAGUUUUAAUCAGGAUGUGUGUGUCGACUAUGCUGAUGGGACAAACCAAUGGCAAACUCUAGUUUUACUGAAAGCUCCCAUUUCAUUAUUUCAAAUUACGGAUUGUUUCCUUAGAUGAGGAAAAAAAAAAUACAAAUCUCAUCCGCAUUCCCUGCAUAUUUUUAGUGUCUUAACUAAAGGAAAAGGGGACUUCAUUGCCUUUGGCGUCCUUUGCCAUAGAGUGUUCUAUGUAAGAAGUGACAUAUUCAUGCAAAUCCUGUUACAGUAUGUUUAGUUGCUGAUAUAGUCCCAGCUUAUAGUUUUUGUUUCCAGCCGUCAAUUUACCAGAUUGCUUAAAAAACAAAAAAAACAAACGACGACCACUUUUUCUCCUGGCCUGAUUAUCUUUUUUCUUCAAACUUUAAAAAGCAGGUAUACAUUUGUGUUAUUGUUGUUUGCUUAUUUGUAAACAAGUCACUUCAUUCAGCUUCUAUCAUCGCAUAUAUUUUGCUACAUCCUAUAACAAUAAGACAGACUUGAUAUUUCACAAACGUUGCUGAAUUAUUUUUAAAAAAAAGGUCAUUUUUUUCAUUGUAAGCAAAUAAUGAACAAAGUAAGUCUUGUGUCUUUGGUUAUGGCUUUAUUUUUGUAUGUUUACUUAUACGUGUGCAUGUGUUAUUUUUCUUUGGUCUUAAGACUUUGCUUUAUAUUCCAAUUAGUUAAUUGUAUGUUUUGUUGUACCCGUCAUUAUGUACAUUGUAAACAAGGCCGCCACAUUCAGAAUGGAGCGCCGUAUUCUGUGCAAAAAGGGACUCAGUUUCAAAUCAAAGAUGCCACAGCAAAAGUUUACAUUUGGAAUCUAUUUGUAUUUGUGUGUCCACUCUCUGAAUGUGGCCUUGUUGUUCAUGACAGUAUUCACACAUGUGUAUUCAUCUUUAUGGACUUCCUGCUUCAUUUCCUUCAUUUGAUAUUUGCCACGUUAUACUUUGCUGUAUGCCCAGACACUUUCCCUUGUAUAAUAUAUGGAACGCAGAAAAUCAAAAGGAGGGGAAAAAAACCCAUUUGGCUUAUUUUUCACUGUAGUUAGUCUUUUAUACAAUAAUACCGUAAGAAUAUUUCUUGAACUCUAAAUAUUACUCUUUCUAGAUUUUUGAAAGCAAAAGUUUUGAGUAAAAAGUUUCUUACUUUAUUUUACUAUAUUAGAUAGUAAAAUGUACGGUUACUUACCAUGACGUCUUUGUUAUUACUGGAAAUUUCAAUCUGCUUCUCGGGAGCACAUGGCUGCUCGAAUGAUGGAGUCGUCGCUAAAAAAAAAAGGCCUCACUAUGAGCCCACCAUUCAUUUUACAAGUCUUAGUUGUUGAUUGAGAACCAUUUGUGUCAAAACUUAAAGGUGUUGUCAAUGCACAUCACAAAAAAUGAGGCAAUGAGAAUUUCAAUUUUCUGUCUUUUUUCAACAGAAAAAAACGUGUAUAUAACAUUUAUGUUGCAAUAAAUGUGCCAUCUUUUUUAAA